GGCUGCGCGGCGGCGGGUUGUGUUGUGUUUUGUUUUGUUCUUCUUGGUUGUGUUCUGCGUCUUUCAGUGCUUUAGUCCGAGAGAUUGGGUUGAUAAGGGAUUAUAUUCUGCAGUUUAUCAUCGGAGAAGCUUAAGAAUAAACCGGGACUGGAAACUCGGCUCAGCCUUUUGUGGUGUUUGGAUUUUCCACCAUGGCUGAGCAUCUAUCUCAGAGUGAACUCGACUACCCUUUCAAACUGCUUGAGUACAUCAAUGGCUUCAGAGUGUCUAAGGUGAUAUUUUCAGCAAGUGAGCUGGGUGUGUUUGACUUGCUUCUGCAAUCCCAGAAGUCCCUGAGCGCAGCUGAGGUAGCACGAGAACUCGGUACCAGUGAGGACGGCAUGGAGCGGCUCCUCGAUGCUCUUGUGGGAGUUGAGGUCUUGGAGGUGGAGCUAACACAGGGCACAGCUUAUUAUAGCAGUACUGAUGUUGCUAAUCUGUAUCUGGCUAAGAACAGCCCUAAAUCUCUGUAUGACAUGAUCAUCUACCAGUCGCAGACCAUCUACCCUCUCUGGAACAACCUCAGAGAUGCAGUCAGGGAAGGAAAGAACCAGAAUGAAAAAACCUUUGGUCUCUCAUCAGAAGACAUCUUUUCUGCUAUAUACAGGUCAGAGGAAGAGAUGUUAAAGUUUAUGGGUUUGAUGAACUCCUCGUGGCUCAUUGACGGCCCUGAUGUAGUAACUGCUUUCGACUUGUCCAGGUUUAAGUCCAUACUGGAUGUUGGAGGCUGUUCAGGUGCUUUGGCUCGUGAGUUAGCAAAGACCUACCCUGCUUCCACAGUGACGGUCCUGGACUUGCCAAAAGUCAUCCAGAUGGCCCAGAAGCACUUCUGUCAACGUGAUGACACUAUCAAGUUUCAGGAAGGGGACUUUUUUCAGGAAGACCUGCCUGCUGCUGAUCUGUACGUCCUAGCAAGGAUCAUUCAUGACUGGAAGGAGGAGAAAAUCCUGACGCUGCUGAGGAAGAUUCACGUGGCCUGUAACUCAGGUGGAGGUGUUCUGCUGGUAGAGGCUAUGUUGUUUGAGAACCAUGGAGGCCCCGUCAUGGCUCAGCUUUUCUCCCUGAACAUGCUGGUUCAGACGGAGGGGAAGGAGCAGCCGCCCUCUCACUACGCACACAUGCUCACGGCGGCUGGAUUCACGAACGUGCAGGUGUGCAGGUCAGGCAAAUCCUACGACGCCAUCCUCGCUCUCAAAUAACCACACGUGCAUCAGUACGCUGCAUCAAUACACUAUCAUGUUUCCUCUGCUGUGUGAAGUUAUGGCCAUCUGGGACUGCAGAGAGGUUCAUUCCUCUUUGAGAGAUUGUUUUUCAAAAUGCAAAUCAUGUAUAAUUCUGUAUCCAGACUUUUCAGUAAGGGUAAAAGUGUAGUAGAGUAAUCUCCAAACUGUUCAUGAUAAUUGGUGUGUAAACACUAUGGAUGCAGUAGAUUGAGAUUAAGCGAUUUAAACACUGAAGUUGUCGUGGUCUCCCCCCCCCCCCCCCCCACACACACACACACUUCCUCUUUGAAGUCUUGCAUGUCUUCUAUCUAAUACAAUCAGUAUUACUGUAGUGACCUGGAAUUAUAUCUGUACAUUAUUUUCCACAUGUGCAGUUUAUUUGUUUGUUUGUUUAUUUUUAUAUUUCCCUCAGUUCUUUGGUUACUUCACAUAACUGCUGUUUGGAUCCUGACUGAAAAAACUGAUGUCUGUUUAUAAUAUUUCAUGAUUGUGUGUGUGUGUGUGUGUGUGUGUGUGUGUGUGUGUGUGUGUGUGUGUGUGUGUGUGUGUGUGUGUUAAAUGCACUAGACUGUUGGAUGUGUGUUAACAUAAUUCCUCCUUUCACACUUAUCUAUAGUGAUCAAUAAUCAGUGUGUGAAAGAACUGAGAAAUUCAGUGUGAGUGUUUUGCAUUUGGCAAAAAUAAAGUACUUGAGCAUGCUCUUAACGUGUUUUUAACUUUAAGACAGUAUUUGUGUACUACCAUAUCGCCUGUCCUGCAUGUCUGAUAAAAUCCCAUCUCUUUUGUAAACAGAAGAUAACAAGCACUGAAUUUGAUUGCAACCACCUUUUCUAUAUAUUGUU